AUGGCAGCAUUGUGGAAAUUGCCAAUUGUUUUUGUUGUGGAGAACAAUUUGUGGGCUAUUGGAAUGUCACAUUUGAGGGCUACUUCCGAUACGGUAAGGGAGGUUGUAAAGGAGGCGAUUGGAAGGGCCAGGAGAAGAGAAGGGCCAACAUUGGUGGAAUGUGAAACACACAGGUUCAGAGGACAUUCAUUGGCCGAUCCCGAUGAGCUUCGUGACCCUGGAGAGAUGUUAAUGCUUCUGCUCCUACGCUUUUUCGAGUUAAAAUUUGUCUAUGCUUCUAUGAGAAGGCACACUAUGCUGCCAGAGACCCCAUCACAGCCUCAAAAAAAAUACAUACUUGAGAACAAUUUGGCCACUGAACAAGAGUUGAAGGCCAUACAUAAGAAGAUCGAUGAGUUGGUUGAGGAUGGCGUUGAGUUCGCAGAUGAGAGGCCUCUUCCACCUCGCAGCCAGCUGCUCGAGAAUGUGUUUGCUGAUCCAAAAGGUUUUGGAAUCAGGCCUGAUGGCAGCUACAGAUGUGCAGAUCCUGAGUUCACUCAGGGCACUGCUCAUGUCUAA